AUGACAGAUGAAAAGAACACUCCAUCGAUUGAGUUUCUACCCGCCGAGAUAUUUUAUCGAAUUUUUGAUUAUCUAGAUGCUUCGACAAUAUUCUUUUCUGUUCGGCAAACCUGUCGGCGAUGCUAUGAUCUUGCAAAUGCAUACAACCGAUACAAUUUCGAUUUUAGUUCGAUAUCGAAAUCGGAAUUUGCUUGUCUCUGUCGAUCGAUUGAACCUGAAAAUGUAACAUCACUCACACUAGCUGAUGAACGACGAUACCCAAAUCAGACGGAAAUCUUCCUAUCCAUGGUCGAUAUUCGACGAUUGAUUCGACUUCAUACUUUGAAUCUUUUCCGAAUCGAUCAGUCUUAUCUGAAUUCAAUUUUGACGCAAAUUAACAUGAAUUCGAUUGUUUCAUGUCACAUUCAAAUUAGUAAUGAAGAUUCAAAUCUGAGUUACACAACACUACAAACACUCUCAUCACGACUCAUAUCGCUGCCAAAUCUUCGCAAAUUGGAACACAAUAGAUUUAUGAAUUUCGUGUGUCCAAUCAACUGUUCAAUUCAUCAUUUGAUAAUAAACCAGUCAAUUACAUUAUCUAAGUUCUACGAAUUACUUGCAGCAAUGUCACACUUAAAAACCUUGGUAGUAAAUGAUAUAUUGAAAAUGCCAAUGUUGAUUACCAAUGCUCCGGUGAUAUUUCACCGAAAUUUGACUUCGUUAACUAUUGACGAUAUUCAUCUUAAAGUAGAUUUGAUCGAAUCAUUGCUUUUGCUGACACCAUCACUUCAAUACUUGAAACUUAUUUUUUCGUAUGAACUAUUCAAUGGACAACGAUGGGAAGAAUUUAUCGACGUGAAUUUGUCUCAAUUGACUCGAUUCGAAUUCUUUUGUUCAGUCGUUCAUCAAGGAGACGUUUCGAAAGCAGUUUUAGAGCAAACUAUUGCACCAUUUCGAUCGUCAUUUUGGACUGAGAAGAAAAAAUGGUAUGUUAAUUGUGAGUCAUCGACAUGGUCAUUUGUAGAGAACAAAUACAUUCUUCAUCAAUCUGUAUUCAAUACCAGUUUGUAA